AUGAGUUACCACUACGGCGUGCCGCCGUCGCACUACACCAAAUACUACGGAAAUUCGUCGCCCUACAGCAGCGGCGAGUACGUCCACUACGCUCCCCAGUACGAUUCAACACCGAAGAAACACGCGCGAAAAACCAGCUACACACCGUCCCCCCCAGUCGGAGGCUGGUAUUCGCCUGCGGGCUCGCCACCGCCAUACUAUGAGCCCAACGUCCAGUAUUCUGCACCGCGGGAGGAUGUCUAUGUGAGUGAGGCAAGGGGCAAGACCCGCAAAUAUGAGAGCUACAGCACCUUUCCUGGCUCGAGAUAUCAUACCCGUUCCUCAUCGCGCAAGCAGAAUCAGCCCAUCUAUGUCUACGACGAUGAAGUUGAAUAUGCAGGAGUGCAGCCAGAAUACGUCUACCGAGAACCAAAGUCCAAGCCAAAGCAUGCGAGGAAGCCAAGCACUGACACCUACUUUUACUAUGGGCAGGAGCAGAUUAUCGACGAACAGCCAAAGCGUUCGAGGGCUCGACGUGCCUCGACCACCUCGAAGCCGUCCCCGAAGUCCAAGCCCACAUCAUCAACACCGCAGGCGACCGAGGAAGACGCUAUCCGCGCCGGGAUUCCCGCCGGCUACUCCAUCAAGCACUGGGAUCCGACCGAGUUGCCCAUCAUUCUGCUGGGCAGUGUCUUUGAUGCCAACUCACUUGGCAAAUGGAUCUAUGAUUGGACCGUCUUCCAUCACGGCGCUUCUACUCCCAUCGCCGAUAUUGCCGGCGAACUCUGGCUUCUCCUCAUCAAGCUCGCCGGCAAGAUGAAGCGAGCCGAAGAAUGUGUGGACCGGAUCCGCAACCCUGAGAAACAGGAAACCGUCGAGGACUUCAUCAUCAGUGGCAAACGCCUCUGGGAAAAGUUCAAGGCGCUCCUCAAGGAUUGCGAACACUUCAUGCUCAAGGCUGCCAAACGUGACGGCACCAAGACCAUGGGCAAGAGGGCAGGCACCGAGUUCGUUGACUCCAUCUUCGGUCGCGAUCGCCACCUCGAGUCGACGGAGAAGAUCAUGAACCAGAUCCGUCUCUGGAACAUGCGCUUCGAUGUCAACUGCGAGGAGACGUUACGCCGGCCUUCUGUUGCCUAG